AAAGCACUCCACCACAGCCGCCCGCUCGACGACCGACUGGCCGCUCGCCACACGGGCUGCCCUGCGACUGCGACUGCGACUACGAUUGCGACUGCGACUGCGACGCCGCGACAGCUCCACGAACCCGCCCGUUCCAUUCUCUCAAUCAGCGCGAUCGUCGCCCCGCGCCGUCUUCAUUACAGGGCGACGCCGCAUGCACCGCGAGGCAUGAACGGGGAUCACAACCCAGCUGGCGCAUUAUCUGGCGCGUUGGCCAACGGCUUUGCUCCGUUACCCUCGAGCCGCGCCAGCCCUUUCCCGGCGACGAGCGCGACGGCCAAGAUGACUGCGCCCGCCUUCAUGGCCCCCGUGCAGUCGUUCCGCAUGCCGGCAACCUCGCAGGCGGCAUACUCGCUCUUGCUCGCGUCGGCCAAUUCCUUUGACCGCGAUGCGACCCAGCCCCUGGGCACCCCGUUUUCCACGACACCCGCUGCCCUGACGUCGGCCCUGAUUCGCAAACUCCCUCUCAACACGGCCGACGAGACGUUGCGCUUAAUGCUGGUCUUCUCCAAGGACCUGGCUGGCGUCGAGAUCCUGCCUAUCGAGCAGUCGGAGGACCCGGGCUUCCGAUCUGCCAUUCUCAAGUUCCAUACAUUGGCCGGCGCGCAAGAGGCCAAGAACAUGCUCGACGGCAAGUCGAAUCACUCGAAUGAUGCCGAAAUGAUUGUCGAAAUUCGGGGCUCGAGCCCAACCGCUCCGACCAAGAGAUACACGAUUGACACGGCUGUGCCCACGGGCGCAUCGACGAACUCCUCAUCAGCCUCUUCCACAAACCCUUCGAGGCAGGCCACGCGCUUUAACGGCCCCUUCCAGUCCAUGGACAGAAUCUCACCCCCCUUGACCAAUGUCUAUACUUCGGCAGACUUGACGAGCUCCGAGCCGUACUCGAACAUGUUUUCGCCCCAGUCUCCCAUCGGGAACCAUCUUACCGACCGUACUCGAAUUUCGGGCAAAUCCCUGAUCAACAAUGACUCUGUUGACGACGACGACACGGGAGAGUUGCUGAAGGACCCCGUUGGUUUCGCUGAGAACGGACUCCAACGGCGACAGACGGCGCCUCACAUCCCCAUCUCUCGCAUGGCAACACUAUCGCUAAACACCAAUCCCUCCACUGGACCUAGCCAGAUGACCCAUUACGGCCAGUCUUUGAUGACGACCCAGCCUGGACAUUCCAGCACCAUGUCGCCAACUGUCAUGGGUGGUGCUGGUCCAGGCAUGGGAUUUGGCCAACCGUCGCAGCCGUACAGACCGUUCCCGCCUGCCAACCCAGCUGAUCAGAACCCGCCUUGCAAUACUUUGUACGUCGGUAAUCUCCCGAUCGAUACGUCGGAAGAGGAAUUGAAGGCCAUGUUUUCGAAGCAGCGCGGAUACAAGAGGCUGUGUUUCAGGACCAAGCAGAACGGUCCCAUGUGUUUCGUGGAAUUCGAGGACAUUUCAUUCGCCACAAAGGCUCUAAACGAGCUCUACGGGCAGCCCCUUCACAACAGUAUCAAGGGCGGCAUUCGCUUGAGUUUCUCCAAGAAUCCGCUCGGCGUGCGUUCGGGCCAAGCACCCGGCCAAAGCGCUGUCGGCUCCGUGUCUUCCUUGAAUGGGAUGCACUCCGGACCGGUUAACGGGUUUACUACGGCCAAUGGCCCUCCACCUGGGCUGUCUGCACCUCCUGGACUAGGCAUGACGCGGUCAGCAUACUCACCGUCGCCCAAUAUGGUAGCGGGAAGAAAUAACCCCUACGCGUCCCCCGCCUUUCCGACUCCGUCAAACAACCCGUGGAAUCCUGUCUACAAUGCCCACACCGUCAUGGUGACGGGCGUUCCCUCUGGCUACCAUCCAAACAUGAUGGGAAGAUGACUUUCUUGGGAGAGUCC